UAAUUUGUUUUUGUUCUUGGUUUUCUGCUCCUUACAAAAACUUUGGAAAGUUUUCAGGAUUGGAACAACAGGAAUCGGUGCAGCAAAGCAAAAGGCAGUGAUUCCGGGUAGCAAUUUAUGGUCCAAAGCUUCAACUUAAUAGUGAUCAACUUAGGAUCCUUCAAUCCGCAAAGCAAAAAUUUGGCAUCCGGGACAUGGAGGAAACUACAUCAGAAGUUAUGAGUCCCUGUUUAACCCAACAGAUGGCAUAUGGUACAAUGUAUGACCAAGUAAACCAUGCUUUAGCAUGGAACUCUCGGCAGCAUACAAACAGGGGAAUUGUGCAUUCUCAAGCAAACCAAUUCCAAUUGGUUCAAGGGGAACCAUCUGAAGCUUCAGAACAACCAAGAGCAAGACGUUGCAGACCUAAACUGAAUGAGGAUCAGAGAAGGGAAAACAAAAGACAGACUGAUAUCAAGUAUCGGCAAAACCAGAAGAUAAAAGUAAAUGAACUGACUGCUGAGAACAAAUGCUUGCUAGAGGAAAAUAGGCGCUUUAGUACUGAGAAUAGACACUUAAAAGAGGAAAAUGGAAGGUUGUCUGUUAAGAACAGACACUUAGAAGAGCAUCUCAGAAGACUGCAAUCCAAGGGAAAACUUCCAACCGAGGAUACACAGAGACAAGACAGUUAUAUUUCCCAACCAACCAGCCAACUUGAUCAUCAAAUUGUUCAUGUCCAGGUAGACCACCAUGGAGUGGGCUCUAAUUAUAAAGAAGCUGUAUGCACGGACCGCCACAGGAGGGACUCUGAUAUUGAAGGAGCUGUUGACUGGUUUGAUGGUUUGGAAAUGAAUGACUUAUUUUUUCUUGAGAACGAGGUGAACCAAAAUGAAAGAGUUGCUAUCCAUGAGUCUGGUCCAGAAAAUCAAGAUGGUUAUCUAAGUGGUAUGUGCAGUGCUGAUACAGCUAUGAUGGAAUUCCUUACGAAACUAGAUGAAGACAUUUUGAGUAAUGCAGCCUUCUCAGACUUCACCGGCUUGGAGGGGGAGCAGAGAACGGUUUGGAGAUACAGUUUUCCAUUGUCUCUGAUUCCUACUGUUGAGAGAAUCAAUGAUGCCUAUGGUGAUGUUUCUGCAGCAAGUCUAAUCAAUCCCAAUGUUGCUGGGACAAUCUGCAUUCUGUUCUGUGCUACAAUCAAAGAGAUGGAGGAUCUACAGCUUGAGCAAGUUACCGAGAACAAAAUGAUUAAGUGGAGAGAUACAAUCAAGGAUGCUCUACGCAUUAAUUUCAGUGUUGGAUUUGCAAUGGAACAUUUGAAGAAAAUUGCCCGUGCUUACUUUGGUCUACCAGGAAGCACACUACUGUACAACAUGGAUGCAAGAAUCUCAAAAUUAGAGGCUGAGGUAAACCACUGGAAGAAGGAACGUGAUAAGAUAUAUGAAGGGUCCAAGUUGUGUAUAGCUGCUGCAGAAGAGUUCACUGGAGUGCCUGUCAGCACAGGUCUAUUUCCUUCAUCUUCUUGCAACUGAUUUAUGCAUAUUUGACAUCUUUAUGCCUUUCUUACGCUUACCAGUUACGAAACAGAUAUUCCAUCUCACCUAAUAUCUUGUAUAAAUAACCAUUACUAGGGCCAAAACCACCACUAAUUACCAUCAUUGCAUAGUUUGUACCGUAUCAUAAUUCUUGUAUUCUUCUCAAUAGCUAUGAGUCUUAGGGCCCGGCUCAAAAUUGAGACAUUAAUAUUGAAUUCAUUGUUUUAUUUUAUAGUGGA